AUGAGUCAAUUACAAGAAACAGUUUCUCUGCCAUGGGGUUCAUUACCCGUCGAGUGGUAUCUGCUUAACAAGUGGGACACUUCCUCAAGUCUAUCGAUCGAAGAACAGCGAGAGGCGCUCGUGAAAGCGUUUAUCCAAGAAAAUGACAUCUCGGGCUUCACUUCAAUCUCAGAAGAAGCACUUGCAGUGGACAGACAAGAGUUGAUCCAGACGAUACUAGUACCAUGGCGGUCGCAAAAGCUUCGUCGCAUAGCUGAGAAGUACAAUCCUCGAAAGCCUCUGUUUGACGUAAUUGCCGUCUUGCGUACUCACUAUGGCGGUGAUAGCGACAACAAGUUUAAUCGGUGGAUCAAAGAUACGUCUGACACAUUCGACAAUAUGGACCCAUCUGGCGAUCUGUUUGGGUCGCCUGAUGAACGCUGGUGGCGCGUUCUUGAUGAUCCAUCUCUCUUUGAUAUUGGUUCUCAGAAAUGGCAGACUAUAUACAAAGUACUCCCAGAGUUGGCCACGCCAGAAAUACGGCGAGAUUUCAACGACCACGAUGUGCAAGAAGCUAGGGAAUAUGUGUCAUGCAUUUGCGACUCCCGAGACCCAGGAGAUGAUGAUUACGAGGACGCCAUUUGUGCAACAGCCAAGGUUGGGUUCUGUUUGAUCGUCGCUGACCAAGAGGCUUUUGAGGACGAGGAACUACUUCUGGUCUUUAUUGAUAAGAAGGGCAAUGUUGUCAGACAAACAGCUAUCAACCCAGACGACAUAACAAGUUUGCCUCAUUAUAUCCUACGCGGAUCAAUCACUGAAUCUGGGUUCUGGCGUGAUGCAGAGGUGGGAAAUAAGUACAAGACAAGAGGACAGAUUAUGCGCGCAGUACUGCCACUUGUCAUGGCUGAGUCUGAGUGA